GCUGGUCGUACACACGUUGAUAAAAACCACAGGCUGAGCUGAGCAUCAAAAUAAUAUUUUUUUUUGGAUAUUUUUUGUUAAGUGUCUAUUAUACACGAUGCCUACUGUUGGUGAAAGGGAUCUACUCUUUGAGGUUUUAGGAAGAACUUAUACUGAUGAAGAAUUUGAUGAGCUCUGCUUCGAAUAUGGCCUGGAAUUAGAUGAAGUGACCUCAGAGAAGACAAUGAUAGAGAAGGAGCAAGGUACAGAUAAGGCAGAAGGAGCUUCCGAUGUUGUCAUCUACAAGAUUGAUGUACCUGCAAACAGAUAUGACCUCCUAUGUCUCGAGGGCCUUUCCAGAGGAUUGCUGGUUUUUCUCCAGAAAAUGGAAGCUCCACGGUACAAGGCUGUACCCCCUAAAAAGGGAGCCCUUCAACAAAUGUUCAUUAAACCAGCAACAGCUCAAGUGAGGCCCUAUGCUGUAGCAGCCAUCAUGAGGAACAUCACCUUUACCAAGCAUACCUAUGAUAGUUUCAUUGAUCUUCAAGAUAAGCUUCAUCAAAAUUUAGGAAGGAAGAGAAGCUUGGUUUCCAUGGGAACACAUGACCUGGAUACCAUCAAGGGGCCGUUCUACUUUGACGCUCAACCCCCCGACCAAAUCAAGUUUGCCCCCCUCAAUCAGACCAAGGAAUACACAGCUGUGGAGCUGAUGGAGAUGUACUCCACAGACAGUCACAUACGUCACUACCUUCCCAUCAUCAGAGACAAGCCGGUCUAUCCGGUCAUCAGAGAUAGCAACGGUGUCGUCCUCUCCAUGCCUCCCAUCAUCAACGGUGACCGUUCCAAGAUCACGCUGAACACCAAGAAUGUUUUCAUUGAGAUCACUGGCACUGACCAUAAUAAGGUCAAGAUUACUCUUGAUACCCUGGUCGCAAUGUUCAGCCAGUACUGCACGGAACCAUUUGUUAUGGAGGCUGUCGAGGUGAUCAAGCCUGAUGGUAGUAAGGACCUGUUUCCAGAGCUGAAGUAUAGGACGGAGAAUGUUCCUGUGGAACUCAUCAACAAGAGAGUGGGAAUCAGUGAGUCAGCUGACAGGAUAGCUAAUCUUCUGACCAAGAUGUGUCUUACCAGUAAAGUCACUGAUGGAGGCAAGAUGCUGUCAGUCGAAAUCCCUCCUACAAGAUCUGAUGUCAUUCAUGCCUGUGACAUCAUCGAGGACGUAGCUAUCGCCCAUGGUUACAACAACAUCACCAAGACGAUACCCCAAACCAACACCAUCGCGGAACAGUUCCCCAUCAACAAGCUAACGGAUCUCUUGAGGCUGGACAUCUCUGCGGCCGGAUUCACGGAAGUCUUGACCUUUGCAUUGUGCUCAAGGGACGAUAUUUCAGACAAACUUCAGGUUGAUAUCGCCACGACCAAGGCUGUUCACAUCUCAAAUCCGAAGACAGCAGAGUUUCAGGUUGCAAGAACAGCCCUCCUCCCUGGUGUCUUGAAGACCAUCUCCUGCAACCGUAAGAUGCCUCUCCCCAUCAAGGCCUUUGAGAUCUCUGACGUCGUUCUUCAGAACCCUGAGAAAGACGUCGGAGCAGAGAACAGGAGACACUUCUGUGCAGUUCACUAUAACAAGUCACCUGGGUUUGAGGUUAUUCAUGGAUUGUUGGAUCGGACAAUGCAGCUCUUACAAGUUCCCUUCUCAAAAGAAGAUGGCUACCACCUAAAGUCUGCUGAGAACCCAACCUAUUUCUCAGGUCGCUGUGCGGAGGUCAUCGUCAGAGGCAAGUCCAUUGGCUAUCUAGGUGUCAUACAUCCCAACGUCGUCAGCAAGUUUGAGCUUCCCAACCCCUGUGCGGCGCUUGAGAUCUCUAUUGAACCAUUCCUAUGAUGAUUAUGAUGAUAUCCAUUCUCCAUACUUGAAGUUCAAAUUAUUUCAUUCUCCUGUGACAAAU